GAUAAGAUAUAACAUUGUUAUUUUGAAAUGAUAAUAUCAACGACAAGUGACAUCAUCAAAUGAUAGUUAUUUACCCUCAGGGAAAAGUAGUACAGUAUAUAUGAAUAUAAAGUAUACUCUAUAAAGUAUACUCGGUUAUAAUUAUAUAAAGUGUACUUUUUCAUACUAAAUUGGAACACAUGAAGUUUUAAAAGUACACUUAUAAGUAUCUGUAUACGUUUCAGUACAAGCCAAGUAAACUUCUGUGAAGUUAAUAAUAAUAUAGUUUUUUAAAAGUCCACUUAUAGUACACUGCCUCCAAUUUAGUGUAAAACAAGUUUCCUAACAGUAUACCGGUACUUGAAGAACCUACUUUUUGCUCAGGUUAAUUAUAGCACCUGUGGCUACUGGCUAUAUGACACACGGCUAUAUUUGACGAUGCUGGAACAAAUAAAGCAGGCACUACGGCUCUUUCUACUUUCGGGAAAGGACGGUCGCUGUCAAGGGGGACUUUUAGUCCUUCUCUGGGCUGAACCAGGAGCCGCAAACUGCGCUGUUGCAGCUGCGGGUUCUAAAUGGGGACAAAUCCAACCGGAAACACUCAAAAAUGUCCUCAUAGAUUUGAAGUUUUCCUGCGCAGGACCAAUUCCUGAGCCUGACCCACAGGAUCUGUGCGCUUUCACUGAUAUGCACGGCUCUCUGAAAUUAUUUCUUUUUUUUCAGGUAAAAGAUUUAAGAUGCUUCAGUCCAGAGUGGUCUGCUGGUAUCAAAGAUUUCCUACGCAUAUUUAGUCUGGCCAAUGCAGGGAUCAGCGUGCACCUGCGAUGCAAGUUCCCCCAGCAGACCAUUCAGCAAGAAUUUAGAGCGAGCUUCACAAGGAGAAUUACCCUGGCAAUGAAACCAGCACGGAUGUUAGAUGUCACCUGUAGUUCCUUCACCAACAAACUGGUGACGAAAGGAAGCUGGUGUCCCGGAGGCCACCCUGUCCUGGGCAGCAAUUUGCCUCUAAGCAUCCCACCUGAGACCAUGGACAGCGGCCUGUACGGCGAACUCAGUUUGCAGCUUGUGACCCUACUUUCACCUUGUGUGCUGCAGUACCCCAAUCUGGAAACCCUUCUUACGCACAUGGAAGUGCUGGCUUACAGCCCUUCUAAUGUUCCCAUUACAUUCCCCUUUGCCUUCUUCCAAAACAUCCGAGCUCAUCUGGACUGCCAGGAAUUGGGGCAACGAAUCCUUCCCUGCCCCUCCUACACAGGUCCUUCAUGUGAAGGCGGCAUUGUGUACGCUUUGGAGCACGAAACCUGUCAGGAGCCUGAGAAAAGGUUCCAUUUGCACCCCGUAAAACAGAAACUCUUGAUCUUCCUCUUCCUGCAGCACACUGACCCGUUUGCUUCACAGCUCUCGGACUUCAUGGUCACUGAUGCCCUUAUUGAGCGCCACCUGGAGGACAUUCUGAUCAACAACAGGCGGGCAGUCACAGGAGUGCUGCAGAUGGAGUUAAGUAACACACUGAAGGCUCAAGAUCGCAGAAAAAGGGCAAGUAAAGGCUUAGAAACAACAACACACACACACAACUGCCAGAGUGUAAAGAGUAAAAGUGUGAGUGUAUUCGUGUGUGUUUGUGGAAAGAACCAAAAGAAACUCCUUUCGGCUGCUGAGAUCAUUCUCAGCGCAUCCAUCAGUAUUGUGAGCUGCAGCACCAACCUCAACUUCAGAAAAGACUGCCUGAGUCGCAUGCAGGUGAGUGAUACUCAUGACCUGACGGCCUCUCUCCGUGACGCCUUGCUGAGGGUGAUAUCAUGGAGAUCUGUCCCCAGGAAAGGGUGCUACUCUGCUCAGGUAGAAAAGGUGUCUAGAAAGUGCCGAUGAUACCAGAACAGAAAUCUGAUGCCCGGCUGUGUGUUUAAAAAAAGUUUGCUCCUCGUUGAAAUGUACUUGAACUAAAUAUGUUCACCUUUAGUUCAUACCUUGGGAUGUUUCAAAUUUGAAAUCCAUGUUCAGUAAAAAGCCCUCUAAAUUAAGCAUUGAUUGUCAACAGUAUAUUGACAAUCAGUGUUGAAAUGUCCACAUUCAUAUGCUGUAUUUACUCUGUAUGCACAUCAAAGAUUAACUUGGCCUGAAUAAACUCCUGACUGGCUCAUUGACCUAAAGUGCAUCAACACUCUCAUUUUUCUUCCGUAACCUGAUCUUACAACUGCAAAGCUGUGUUUGUUUUCAACAACUGCAAGUAAAACCAAAUGUGUACAUAACUGACUUGGUCGGUUGAUUUCCAAACAGCAUGCUGUGAUAUACAUGUGCGUAGUGUGCCAUGAAGAUCAAUAAGCUUGAUGUGGGAAAUGAACCCAUUUCGCUGACGGUUUGUCCCAAAAUUAUGAUAUAUUCAUUGAAAAUAUAUCUUUGUUCAUCUAUCUUUGUGAGUGACGUAUCGUGAUCGGCAGAACAAUGAAAUGCCCUUCCAUUAGAUGGCAAAAGGUACAAGAAACCUGAGUUCCCCUAUCCACUUGUUGCCAGAAGUUAUGGCUUCCAGCCAAGUCUAUCGACUUUAUGUUUAAUUAAACAGGCCCGUAUUUCACAUGGAGUAAAUUGUGAUGAAAUUAUCAUUAUUUAACUUUUCAUACUCUUUGUCAAAUUUAUGUUUGGUGGUGUUCCGUGAUGUUUUUCUCAUGUAAAAUGGGUGUUUUGGCUCACUAAAUAAAUACUGGUAUAAUA